AUGUUUUCCGCAAAACCUUCAACCGGCCUGUCCAUAAACACCAAUUCCGCCAAUUCACUUUUUGGCGGAUCUACUGCUCAAACUACAUCAUCUACAGCUACACCAGGGACAACGAGCACGUCGGGGGGUUUGUUUGGAAGCGCCAAUGCGCAGUCAAAACCAGCGGGCGGCCUUUUUGGAAACCUUGGGGGAGGGAACGCACAACAAUCUUCAAAUACUGGGUCAAGUCUGUUUUCCGGCUUAGGUGGACAACAGCAGAAUACUAACACCACUGCUGCUGGCGGCGGCCUGUUUGGAGGCUCUACGCAGGCCAGCUCGCAACCUGCAACUGGUGGGCUCUUUUCGGGGACUGCAGGCGCGGGCACUACCACGGCCCAAGGCGGAGGUACUGGUGGAGGGUUGUUUGGGUCCACGACACAGGCUCAGUCAAAACCGCUAUUUGGCGGUCUGGGGGCUUCUACAACAACUGGGGGUGGCCUCUUAUCAGAGUUGGAGAAAUUCGACAACUACGUCCUGCUUCAAAUCAAGCUAUGUAACGAGGUCUCCAACAUGCUUCCUACAAUCGCAGGCCAGGCCGAGACCAUUCCAAAUGAUGUGGAUUUCGUCCAAGGCAAACUGGAAACCAUUGAGCAUGCGCUGGAGAACGACGCUCGCGAUAUUGAUCAACUACGCAGCCUCGUGUCUCGCGAUGCAGCCGAGGCACAAGUGGCGUUCCGUGCUAUCGAUACAUUAAAAUUACCCCUGCAAUAUCAAUCUGCGGGGGGCGCAGGGUGGUGGUCAGCCCAGGAUCAAAAGGGAUCCGAUCGCCAGGCGUUGCGAUCCACGCGCAAGAAUACUCUCGCUCUUCCGGACGAUGUCGAGACCGACGCCUCGUCUGCCACUUCCAUCAAUGGUGUGCCAGUAAACCUUGUCGACUAUUUCUCUCAGCGCUCUGACGAGAUGGGUACGGUUCUUGAACGAUAUACCCGCAAUUUGAAGGAGAUCGAAGACCACCUUCAUGGUAUCGAGCUUUCACUGAACCGUCAGAUUCAAGAAUUUGUUGCUUCACGAAGUCGAGAUGGAGCGACCGCUGGAACCCAGAAAUCGAAGCUCAAUGAUCUUGCAGCGGUGCUUGGAGAUGUGGAGAACGGUAUACUUGGCGUUGCUAGUAGGCUCGGUGCGGUCACGGAACAGGUGCAGGAAGUGGUAUUGGGUCCGCCGUCGGGAGAUAGUAGGCUUAAUUAA